AACGCAAUCUUAUUUGCUUCCUUCUCUGAAAUUUGUAACUUUCAGUUCUCAGUUAUGGAAACUAGCAGCGCGCUUCAAUACAUCGAACGAUGUUUACUCGAUGAAUUUUAUCCGCCGGAACUGGAGAGUUUUUCGCCUGAAAAUCAAUGGAAAGAGGCAUCAAAACCCGAGGUUUCCACCUCUCAAUCUCAGUCUUUCUACUCUCAAACUUCCAGCUCCGGUUCCUGUGUAACGGUAUCCAAUUUUAAUUCCGUCGACGGUGAUGAUUUCUUUAACUUCUCUCCCAAAUUCCCAGGCUUCGAAUUUGAAUCGAGACCUCAAUCGGUCGAUCUCACAACGCCUAAGCCCUUCUCUUCCAAUGCCAAUGCCUUUGGAUUUCAAGUUAAACCUCAAAUCGCUAAAAUCUCCGCCGUGAAACCCCAAGCUUCUUCGAAUUCGAGUUCCAAUUCUCGGAAUCGAAAACCGUCGCUGAAAAUCUCGUUACCUCACAAAGUGGAGUGGAUUCAUUUCGGUAAACCGGAUUUAACCAACGCGGUGCCAGAGAAUUCAAAUUCCGAAGAAAAAAACAAGCAUUACAGAGGCGUCCGACAAAGGCCGUGGGGGAAGUUCGCAGCCGAAAUCCGAGAUCCGACCCGAAAAGGUGCACGGGUCUGGCUGGGAACCUUUGAUACCGCCAUAGAAGCUGCCAAGGCUUACGACAGAGCCGCUUUUAAGCUACGUGGAUCGAAAGCGAUUCUUAACUUCCCACUCGAAGCUGGGAGGUUGAAUGUAACCGCCAUCGACGGAGAGAAGAAACGGAGCAGAGACGAAGACGGCGCUGGGGAAGAAAGUCGAGUAAAGGCAGUGAAAAAUGAAAACGACGACGUGACGAAAGCAAGAGAUAACGGUGAUGAGCCUUUGACGCCGUCAAACUGGGCGUCAUUCUUGGAUUUGGAUAACGACGCGAAGGGGAUUUUUAACAUGCCACUGUUAUCGCCGCUAUCUCCACACCCGGCAUUGGGCUUUCCCCUACUUAUGGUCAUCUAAAUAAUGCCGAUAGUUGAUAAUGUACAUAAAUCGUUCCAUUAUCUAUAAUGCUUUCGUUGUUCAUCUUAA